AUGUGGCGCGAUAGAACCAAUCUAGGACUCAUGUCCGCUGGUGCUUUCGACGAUAGAGAUGCCGUAAUUGAAAUGGAUCGUUUACCCCCACGCUGGCUCGAUGUCCAGGACCAGGUCGCCGAAUGGCUGGAGAACAUCACCAAGCAGAUCAAGAAGUUGGACCAAUUGUGCCAGAAGCACGUGCUGCCAGGCUUCGACGAUGAGCAAGUCAAGAAGAGGGAAGAGCGCGAGAUCGAGGCCAUGACCCAGGAGAUUACCAGAGGCUUCCAAACUUGUCAACGCGCUAUUCGUCGUAUCGACAACAUGGUCAAAGAGUCGCAGCAAACCGGAAGUCUGAGUCGAGGAGAGGAGACCAUGGCACAGAAUCUCAAGGUCUCGCUGGCUACGAGGGUCGGAGACAGCAGCGCAUUAUUCCGCAAANAGCAGUCUGCCUACCUCAAGAGUAUGUUUCAUGCUCUACCUUCAGAAAAUAUACCCGUUGUGACUGACAAGUACUGCAGAANNCUACGCGCGCUUGGUGGCAUGAAUUCACCUCUCGAUCGAGCCACCUCCCCUGUUCAGAACCCCUACACUGAUCCUUCCCUCAUGGAUUCUGAGAUCGAUCGCAGCUCAGCACAAACCACGCUCUUACAAACAAAACAAAAGCAACGCUCUGCCGGCUUGCAUGACUCGACCAUUGCUCAGCGAGAACGCGAGAUCGAGGACAUUGCCCAAGGCAUCAUCGACUUAUCCAACAUCUUCCAGGAGUUGCAGACUAUGGUCAUCGACCAAGGCAGCAUGUUGGAUCGUAUCGAUUACAAUGUUGAGAACAUGGCAACUGAAGUCAAACAAGCGGAGAAGGAAUUGAAGGUUGCUACCGGAUACCAAAAGAAAUCGACAAAGCGAAAGAUCAUCUUGCUGCUGAUCCUCAUAAUCGCUGGUAUGUUCAUCUUGUUGAUGAUCAAACCCAAGAGUCGCAGUGCCCCUGCAGUAACACCGCCACCGGCACCUGUCACGCCAGCAGAACCUCCUGCCCAGCCUCCCAAACCACCACCGCGACGGACUUCGAUCUUGGACGAGCUUAUAGGUACGAGCAAGGACUGGCGAAGGCGGAAGCGAACAACUAAUGGGUUUCUAAGUCUUUAA